GAGGGGACGGGGUAUUGUUAGAUGUCUGUGAGUUUCACUUCUCAGUGACACAGGAAAUUAAAGCAGAAAGACAGCACAGAGAGGCUGAGGCGACUUGUUUGCACACGCAGAGCAACUCUGAAGAGCUGAAUUUGGCAAGUUCAUCCCGCAUUUCAGCAGCACUGUUUGUUUGCACCACAAACAGCAGAGGAAAAUGCUUCUAUCUGUGACAGUAGUGCUCGGCCUCCUCUCCUGCGUUUGUGGAGAAAAUCCUGCAGUGCAAGUUGUCCUGACCAACAAGGGGCUUCAGUACGGGAAGCAUGAAGCUGCAGGAUGGAUUCAGGAAAGGUUGAGUAAAAUCACUUUCCCUGACAUCACCGGGAGUGUUCACAUCAUAUUUGGGAACGUUGACUACACUCUAACAGGCAUCACCAUAGUAAAAUGUGACUUACCAGAGCCUUCUGUCGAGUUCCUUCAGAAUCCCCCAGGAUUCCAGACAACCAUCUCAGACCUCUCUAUUGCAAUAACAGGCGAUUGGAGAACACAUUUUGGCCUAAUACACGACGGCGGGACGUUUGAUAUGGCUAUAUAUAACGUAGAUGUGACCUCUGUGGCGCAGCUGGGGAAAGAAGCUGACGGGCAUCCGUCUGUCAGCAGCCUCAGCUGUCACUCUCAGGUUGGAGAUGUGGACAUAGAAUUUCAUGGUGGAGCCAGUUUCAUCUUCCAACCAUUUGUGAAACACUUCAAGGGACGGAUCAGAGAUGAAAUACAGAAAAGACUGUGCCCCGGUGUGGAAGGAAACAUUCAAAGCUUUGAGGACCAUCUACAUGUCAUGAACGUUUCAGUCGAUGUGAAUGAAGUUCUCACUCUUGCCCUUCCUCUCACUGAUGUCCCCAUCAUCGGUGCUUCAGGUAUGAAUGUGGGUCUUAAGGGGGAGUUUUACAACAUCAAAACUCCUGUCGAGCCUCCCUUUGAGGCCCAGCCUUUCACCAUGCCGGACGAGCCGAGCUACAUGCUGUCAGUGGGCAUGUCUGAUUUCACUCUGAACUCUGCCUCCUAUGCAUACUUCUCGGCUAAAUUGCUUCAGCUCCUCAUCACUGACAGCAUGAUCCCUCCGAUAUCUCCAGUGCACUUAAAUACCACCUCAUUGGGAAAAUUCAUUCCUAAGCUUGCCGAGAUGUAUCCAGAUAUGCUGAUGAGUGUUCUGGUUUAUGCCCAAGAGGCUCCAAAGUUUUCCAUCCAGCCUGAUGCCAUUAACGUCAGCAUCAAGGCUGUUGCGAAGGCCUCCGUCAUCCUACCCAAUGGUACCCAGAUCCCGGUGUUCACCAUCAAUGUUGACUCCAAAUUCAGUAGUGAAUUGUGGAUUGAUGAUGGAAAACUGAAAGGCUCUGUGAAGAUGGAUAACGUGACGCUGACCCUAGCUUCGAGUGAAGUUGGGACUUUCAAGACCGACUCUCUUGAAUCACUGGCGCGGACGGGGGGGAAGUUUGUACUGGUGAAAGUGAACCAGAAACUGCGAGAAGGAUUUCUUGUGCUCAGGACAAAAUACGCACAGUUGGUCAACUCAGUUCUGAAGAAGGAGAAGGGAUUCCUAUCCAUCUCUUCAGACGUGCAGGUGGUGCUAACGUAGAGACGCUUCAACUGACAAACACCAAACAUGGCUGCUCCUCGUCACCGUUCGUCAUCAAACCUCCGACCACCAAUCGAAAUGAAUGUUUCUGCAUCUGUAGUAACAACCCUAAUGCUGUUUCCUCAGGUCUGGAUUGAGAAUCAUGAAGGUGCCUUGCUUUGAAGUACAUAAUCAAAAAACUUUGACUUGAAAUUUGCACAUCUUAUUUGCAACUUUUGAAACGCUUCCUAGGUGGAGCUGCCUGAUUUCUUUUCUCUUAGUGACAACAUCUAUUUUUUAAAAUUCUUUUAGAUUCUCUGAUGAAAAUAAUGAUGUGAAAACGAGUGAAUAAAGGAUUAAAAACAA